AUCCACCAAUUGUCCUAUUCUAUAAAGCUUACAGAUGCUAACUCCUGAAACUGUUUCUGGAAGUAGCUUGUAUAUUAAAAAUUUAAUGUGGCUGAGAUUGUGUUCAAAUCUAACUUUUGGUUCAUUUUCGGAAGAUUUUUCUCAAUUUAUGAAAAAUGACUGACCUAUCAGCGAGGUCCGUUUUAACAGUCUACAGAAUUUUAAUUUUUGAAAUCUUCUCCUCCUUUCAAUCCAAUUCCGGUUUGGCCUCAAAAGAAGAGGUCAACUUUUUGGAUGUGACUGUAGGCCAAUCAUUAUCCUAUAUACCCCUCAGAGUAUGCCCCACCAUAGUCUGUUUUGCGUUGAUAUGGGAAUCCGGAACUGAGACCGUAGAUUCACAUACCUUGGUACUAUUCAUAAUUAGUUUAUUCUCAUCCUGCUUUUUCUUUUUCCUUGUGACAAUGCCUACAUCGGUAUGCUUGUUAUCUAUUUCCCUGAUGGGGUCCACCAAACAACUGAACCAAUGAGUCAGUGAACACCUCCCUUUGUAGUUAAGAAAAGGUACUACCAAGAAAAUAUGCAUCUCGGUUCUAUCACAAGUGAUCGACAGCGGUUAUGUAAUAGACAGAAACAGAUCAGUUGAUGUUAUUUAUCGUAUCCCCAUUAGUUUUCCUUACGGGGUUCGAUCUCGUCUCUUACACAAAACAGAAUCUACAGGAAUUCGGGCUAACAAUCCAAGUUUUUGUGUUCAUAAGAAAUUUGCAACACCUUUAUCUCUCUCAUGGUCUUAUUAAGAGAUUUUAUCUAUUAUUAUUUUCCACAUUCUUCGAUUAUUUUUCUUCAUUCCUCCUGCCCUUUCCUUUUCUCAAAUGUAAACCUCAAUGUCCAUUUACCUGAACAUCCCUCAUUGCAUAAUGUUAUAACUUUUAAUGAAUGUUAUUUCAGUGUCUAUUUUCCAAGUCAUCGACCUACUCCCUGUUAUGAAACAUUGAUACAAGCUUUUAUUAUUUUUACCACAACUAGUACACCUGACAUCACACUAUCAAUUUUUACUUUUUACUUUUUAUGCUUAUUUAUGUUACCUAUUCCACUGUUAUCAUUGUCUUAUAAACUGUCUUGAUCCGUUUAAUGAUUUCAGAUCUGCAUCUACAUAUUCAUGUAUAUUCAAGUAAAGCCUGAUGAAGAUCUAAUCGAAAACCAUAUUGUUCACUUAUAUAUGUUGUUCAAAACUACAAUAUAGGAAUUUUUCAAGUAUUACAUGUAAAUCAUGUUCCAAAUUCGUAAAAGCACUUUUAUUGUACAGAUGGCUCAUUGAUAGUUUCAUAAGUAAGCAGAAUAGAAAGUAAUCGAUCUCAGGCAUUUUGUAAAGUGAAAGUACUAAUAAUGCCAUGGGAGAAAUGAUUAGAUUAGUUCAAAGUUCUUCGUUGCUAUCCUGAAAUAAGCGUUAGAAUACUGUACAGUCAAGACUCGGUGAAGGUGGUCAUAAGUAGCAGUAAGACACAGAAAAAAUAGUUGGAAAACUGUUAUGUAAAAUCUGGUAUGUCAUGCUUCGAUGAGGAAUCUUAAUCACUUAAUUUUAAACUAGGUCAGUCACAUAGAUGAGCAUCAGCAUUUAUAAUAUCUGUCCUUCGGAAACCAACGGUUAUUUGUACUCCUCUAUAAACACUUUGGUGCACAGUUAAUUGUGAUGCAACAUCACCUACGGGAUGGGCAUGUCAGAAUAACACAAUAGUCUAAUGGUCUUUGCGAGGUGUUCUGAAUUAUUAAGGGCCAUUCUGCUAUUCAUAUGGUUUUAAAAUAAAGCUAUCUAUAUCAAAAACUAUACUUUGCGCGAUGUUCCUGAAUAAGGGAGUCAUAACAGAAAUGCUGUCAAGAAAAUCAUGUACUGCCUUUUUGCCUGGUUGGUAUAUAUUACUUUAAACUACCUUAGAGUAAUUGUUAAUUUUUUUUCACAUCAAAGGCAUUUAUACAAAAAUGACUCAUGCUUUUAGUACGGACUCAUUUUGAUGUGAACUAUCAUGGUUUUUCACAGAAACAGGAAACCAAAGACAAAUAUUUCGCAAUAACGGCUUGAAUAAUAGAGGAGCGGAAGAUUGUCUGAAACAUUAUUAGAUAUCGGAACCAAAAUGAGGUAUAGAGUGAUCUUAACGGUAGAGGAUGAGGAUGGCAUUUUAACCCAUCUGGAACGAGUCACUGAGGUAAAAUAUGGAAAUAUGUCAUAAUGUUAGCCAGAAAUGUCCUGAAAUCACUUCUGUCUCAAGAAAUAAUCACUAAUGAGACCAUGCAACCAUUUUUGGCCGAGACAGAAUACUAAAUAAUCAAAAGUCCGUAAAAAUCACAAACGACUAUG